AUGUCUUCUACCGACAAGUCGAGGCAGUCGUCAGGAGGCAAAUCGUUUUUCUCGCGCAAUAGGAAAGACAAACGUAACACGAGCGACGAAGGCCGCUACCUGGCUGGAGCCGACUACUCCGACACGGCCAGCACACACUCGCGCGGUUCUCGUCAUCACCGCGACUCGUCCGUUGUAUCCAUCGACGAAUAUCCUGAAUCGGGCCUGUCGGCCGGCCCCAUGACGAGCAUCCCAUACGAUACCUACCACGAUUCCAGGUCGCCGGUCCCAACCGAAUACCUACCCAGGGGUGAUCAGCUUGGGGUCCUACGCCAGAGCCCUUUGCCGCAUCACCUAAACAAAGUAACGAGCGACUUUCACCAAUAUCCCAGCUUCGAUCCGUCCACCAUGGCGGGCGGUGCCGGCUCACAUGCGUCCGCGCAGCGUGUUCCGCAGUCAAAUAUCACAAUGGCCACAACCGGACGUCAGACGCAAUACCAACAGUGGGGACCUGGGCCUAGUCGCGGAAGUACAGCGAGCACAAUCAACGGGUCCCACAACCCCAGAUACGAUUCGUAUAUGACAUCGGCGGGUCGUAGCUCUGCUGACCAAGCUAGCAUAUUCUCAUCAGGUAAUGGAGGCACCUAUGACAUGACCGCAAAUCGCUCAUCAAGACUAGCAUUACCCAGUGCUUCUUCACAGAGUUCCUAUUCCUCGCACUUGUCCUACCGGGACUCCUCGCACCCUCCCUCCUCCUCACACCGACUGACAAAAUUUCCCGGCAUGCCACCCACUGGACACGAUGGCUUCCAUUUCCCCCGGCCGGACAACGACGAGGUCAUCAACCAGAUGUUUCUGGCGCUGAUGCAAAAACGAGGAUGGCACAACCUACCCGAACAGGCCCGUCGGCAGAUGGUCGCGUACGCGCCGGACAAGAAGUGGACGUUGCUAUACCAGGACCGAUUGACCGAGUAUCAAGGGGAACAAAAGAGGAGACAAACAGCGAAACCGAACCAAUAUGCGGCACCCGAGAUUCUCGUCAACUCGGACGAGGAGGGCUCGCCAGAAUGGUACGUCCGACGUGUGAUGGACAACAGCUUGGACACGAAAGGACUUGGGAGUUUGGAAGUCAACCUCCGUACGCAGCAGAUCGGCUGGGUGAAGCGCUUCAUCGAGUGCCAAGGUCAGGUCGCGUUGACCAACGUCUUGAUGAAGCUCAACCGCAAGACCGCAAUAGGCCCAGUUCCGGAUGGGAAAUCCGACAGGAAUUCUGAUCGCGAGUACGAUAUUAUCAAGUGCCUAAAGGCCUUGAUGAACAACAAGUUUGGCGCCGACGAUGCUCUCGCACACCAACAAGUCAUCAUUGCACUGGCCACCUCUCUCACCUCUCAACGCUUGACGACCCGAAAGCUGGUCAGCGAAGUCCUCACGUUUCUGUGCCACUGGGGCGACGGCGAAGGCCACUUGAAGGUCAUCCAGGCCCUGGACUCGGUCAAAACGCAACAAGGAGAAAAUGGCCGCUUUGAUGCCUGGAUGCGGCUCGUUGAGGUCACGGUGGAUGGCCGAGGAAAGAUGGGCAGCAUGGUAGGAGCCAGCGACGAGGUCCGAAGCGGUGGUAUCGGCAUGGAGAACCUGUUGAUGGAAUACGCGGUUGCGACCCUGAUUCUCAUCAACAUGAUUGUGGAUGCGCCAGAGAAGGAUUUGCAGCUCCGGAUGCAUAUUCGCGCCCAGUUCACAGCAUGCGGCAUCAGACGUAUCCUGUCCAAAAUGGAUUCGUUCCAGUACGACCUCAUCGACAAGCAGGUUGAGCACUUCCGGACAAAUGAGGCCAUCGACUACGAGGACAUGUUGGAGAAGGAGAACAACAGCGUCAAAGACAGCAUUGAAGGGGAGGUUAAGGACCUCAACGACCCUGUUCAAAUUGUCGACGCUAUCCAGCAACGUUUGCGUGGGAGCAAGACACAGGACUACUUCAUCUCAGCUCUGCAACAUCUGCUCCUCAUUCGUGAUAAUGAUGGCGAAGAGCGACUGCGAAUGUUUCAGCUGGUGGACUCUAUGCUCAGCUAUGUGGCCAUGGAUAGGCGCUUGCCGAACAUGGACCUGAAGCAGAGCCUCAACUUUACCGUUCAGAGUCUGCUGGACAAGCUCCAUACGGACUCUGAAGCCAGACAAGCCUUGGACGAGGCGCUGGAGGCCAGACAGGUCGCCGACGCCGCCAUGGCUGAGCGAGACGAAAUGAGAGAGAGGUUGGAACUGGGCGCUGAUGGCCUCGUGGCGAAACUCCAGAAGCAGCUGGAUGAGCAGGCAAGGUUCAUUGAAGCUCAGCGACGGCAGGCCGAUGGCCUCAAAGCCGAGCUGGAGAACAUCCAGACAUUGCGCCAGAAGGAAGCGCAGCGCUAUGAGCUCGAGACCAGAGAACUAUACCUUAUGCUUAGGGACGCACAGGAUGUUGCUGCGUCCAGCGCUGCUAAGGGCAGUAAGCUCGGAGAAGAAGACCCAGCUCGGAUGCAAGGUAUUCUCGAUCGCGAUCGACUCAUGGAGCGUCUGCAGAUGCAGAUCGAACGCCAGAAGACGCAGUUCAAGCUGGAGGGCAGAGUAUGGGGAGAAGCUGUGGGACCGUCGGAUCGCCUUCGCGCUCUUCGCGAGGAAAUGGACGAUGCUGCCAUGGGAUCAGGAGGAUCAGGACCGGGUACACCGCCAAGAGACUUCACCAACAGCAUGCUCGGAAGCGUCAACCGCAACACAAAGAUUCCACGGAAGCCUGUCAACGGACGCGGUGAAUACAUCGAAGGCGAUUUCCCUGACGUCGAGGAAGGCGAAGAAGACGACGAGGAUGAGGAGGGAGUCGUCUACGAAAAGCCCAGAGUCGUUGAAAUUCGCCGCCCCGUCAUGGACCCCAGCCAAAAAGCUGGUCUCUUUGGCGAGAUGGCUGGCAAGGUGAAGAGAUACGAAGGAAGUGACUCUGAAGACGUCGAGGGCGCAACAACGGGCCCGUCACAUCCGAGCCUCGAGUCCGGCUCUCCUAUCACUCCCGCCGAGGGCGAGCCUCCCAAGAUCCAAAUCACCGAUGCCGCCGCGCCCCCGCCUCCGCCACCUCCAAUGCCCGGUCAAACCGGUGCUCCCCCUCCACCUCCGCCGCCCCCCAUGCCUGGUCAAGCCGGCGCCCCCCCUCCACCUCCGCGCCCCCCAAUGCCCGGCCAAGCCGGUGCUCCCCCACCACCUCCGCCGCCCCCAAUGCCCGGCCAAGCCGGUGCUCCCCCACCACCGCCACCUCCCCCUCCCAUGCCGGGGAUGCUCUCGCCAACCGGUGCUGCCCCGCCGCCACCGCCGCCGCCGCCCCCACCACCAAUGGGUGGUGCGCCUGGAAUGCCGCCGCCACCGCCUCCUCCAUUGCCUGGUGCCAUUUCUGGACAUUUCCUCUCACAGGCUACGCCUUUUGCCAGCGGACCCUCCUUCGGCCUUCCUGUCGUUCGCCCGAAGAAGAAGCUCAAGGCUCUCCAUUGGGACAAGGUCGAUUCUCCUAUGACCACCCAUUGGGCCGCACAUGCCCCCUCGGCUGAGGAGCGGGAAGAGAAAUAUCUUGAACUUAGCCGCAAGGGUAUCUUGGACGAGGUCGAAAAGCUCUUUAUGGCCAAAGAAAUCAAGAGGCUUGGCAUUGGCGGAGGUGCGAAGAAGGAUGACAAAAAGCAGAUCAUCUCGGGAGACCUUCGCAAAGCCUUCGAAAUUGCGUUUGCCAAGUUUUCUCAAGUCUCUGUUGAGAAGAUUGUGCAGAUGAUCAUUCAUUGCGAUAAGGAUAUCUUGGAUAAUGGCGUUGUCAUGGAUUUCUUGCGUAAAGACGAUCUCUGCAACAUCCCUGACAACACAGCCAAGCAAAUGGCUCCGUACAGCAAGGACUGGACGGGCGCUAACCCUGAUAAGGCGGACCGCGAACAGGAUCCAGCCGAGCUCACCAGGCAGGAUCAAAUCUACCUGUUCACGGCCUUCGAGUUACAUCACUACUGGAAGGCUAGAAUGCGCGCUCUCGCGCUUACCAGGAGCUUCGAGCCCGACUUUGACGAGAUUACCGAGAAGAUGCGCCAAGUUGCCCAGGUAUCUGAGUCUUUGAGAGACUCCGUUUCCCUGAUGAACGUCCUCGGUCUCAUUCUCGACAUCGGAAACUACAUGAACGAUGCCAAUAAGCAAGCCCGCGGUUUCAAGCUGAGCUCCCUUGCCCGUCUCGGCAUGGUCAAGGAUGACAAGAACGAAUCCACACUGGCCGAUCUGGUCGAGCGCAUCGUCCGCAACCAGUACCCCGAAUGGGAAGACUUCGCAAACGACAUUUCGGGCGUGAUGAUGGCGCAGAAGAUCAACAUCGAGCAACUUCAGUCGGACGCCAAACAGUACAUUGACACGGUCAAGAAUGUGCAGAUGUCGCUCGACGCCGGUAACCUUAGCGACUCCAAGAAGUUCCAUCCCCAAGAUCGCGUCAGCCAGGUCGUCCAGAGGAUCAUGAAGGAUGCAAGACGAAAGGCAGAGGAGAUGCAGCUAUACUUGGAGGAGAUGAUGAAGAGCUACAACGACAUCAUGGUGUUCUACGGCGAAGACCCCACCGACGAAAACGCCCGCAGGGACUUCUUUGCUAAGCUUGCCGUUUUCAUCUCGGAGUGGAAGAAGUCCAGGGAGAAGAACAUGCAGUUGGAGGAGACGCGCAAGCGAAACGAGGCCUCCAUGAAGCGGAAGCACGCGCAACUCCAAGCAUCGAGUGUUAAGGCGGAAGGGCAACCACCCUCGCCAUCAAGCGCAGGUGCCAUGGACUCUUUACUGGAGAAAUUGCGUGCUGCCGCACCCCAGACGCGGGACCAGAGAGAUCGACGUCGUAGGGCGAGGCUCAAGGAUCGUCACCAAGUGCGGAUAGCAUCCGGUCAAAAGAUUCCUGAUCCGAACGAAAUCCCCGAGGUCGAAGCCACCUUGCAGCAGUCGCCCAGGGAGGCGCCCAUUGACGAAGAAGGCAACCUCAUCAGUCCAGGACUGUCGUCGCCCAGGGAAGCUGGCGAAGACGAUGUCGCUGAUCGCGCGGCGAUGCUACUCCAGGGUAUUCGUGGAGACGGGGCCGACGAUGCCGACCCGGAGAAGAUGGAGAGCCUACGGCGCUCGAGGAGGCAAACGGCCGAGGAAGAGAGACGUAUGAGAAGACGCAGGCGGGAAAAGGCGACUUCCACCAACACUGCCGUCAGUGAAGGAGACACGACUGUGACGGAUGCGAAGGAGGAGGAGAUACCCCCGACACCUUCGGUUGAGAACACGCCUGUAGAACCAUGA